GACUAUGUGUACCUUGCGCCAGAACACCUCGGGGAACCGUACUAUAUUGGUCGUGUCAUGGAAUUCUGUACUUCGCCAAAGCGAAAGGGAUUACAAGCGCGCAUUGCAUGGUUCAAUCGGCCUAAAGAUGUCAUUAAUCGCAAAUCCUAUGAUCCUUGUUUGCUUGUUGCCACCAUGCACUCUGAUCUGAAUCCUGUCUCUUCUAUUCGCGGUAAAUGUGUGGUGACCCAUAAAUAUUACAUCCGGAAAGAAGAUAUGGACCACUACAGAGCACAGGAAGAUCAUUUUUACUACAGCCAGCUAUACGAUCGGUAUAUUCAGCGUGUUUAUGAUCUCGUCCCCUGUGAAACAGUCCAUAAUGUCCCAAUGGACAUCCAGGAAGCUUUACGUCACCGAUAUCAGUUUAUCGUCGUCGAACAGGGAAAAGCGGCAGACUUGACCGUAGCCAGGCGUACUUGCUGUGUUUGCCAAGCUUGGUGCGCAAGUGCUACAUCCGUUAAAUGUGCAGCGUGCCAGAAAAAUUACCACAUGGCAUGUCUCAACCCGCCACUGACCCGGAAACCGUCCAAGGGGUUCGCUUGGCAAUGUGCGUUUUGUUCUCGGAAAGAGUUGAUGGAGGAGCAAGCCGUGCAUGAGGGCUCUCUUUCCGCAGAAAAUCACCACAGCCGUAUCGACAGCGCUAACAGUAAAAGUACGCAGCGCUCCACUAUACGGCAAACGAGGAACGCUGCUCGCCUUCAAAACUCGCUCAAGCCUUUGCAACUCCCGAAAAACCAAGCUGCAGCCACUGUAGAAGAGAGCCACGACUUGAAAAAGGAGUCGCCCAAAAAAUUGGCACAAUGGGAUCAGAAAAAAACCCCACCUAUGCGUACCACACACAUGUGGCCGUUUCGAUAUUUCGGCGUGAACACGAACAUUUCUGAUAUUCUUGAUGUCGACGACAGAAUUUAUCCUCGCGCUCGAAGUCGGCUGGGGGCCAAAUAUCAAGCUUCGGUCCCAGAGUGGCACGAGGGUCAUCGACUUAGCGCUUCGCCAGUGGCGGAAUCUUCUCAAGGACAAAAUGAAUCACCUGGCAGAUCCGGGACUGGGAGGAAUCGUAGCAAGCGAGUCGAUAAGAGAGGGCGGCCAGUCAACAAAAAGAAAUCCGGUACUCCGGGCGUGUCAGCCGUAUCUUUCGGGGAGAAAGAACAGUCGCCAAGCAACGAGCCAUAUUAUCCUAUACGGGGUACUGACGAAACUGUCACUCCUAUCUUUAGUCGGCCUCAUCAGCUGUCUGAAAAUGAAUUGGAUAACUAUAUGGAAAAAAUCAAAUCAAUGGAUAAUUUACCGCUGCCUUUCUAUUCGAGCGAUUUACAAGAUCACGCUCUCAUUGAACUUGAAAAGUCCCAUUAUGAUACUCAGGCUGCGCUUCAAAAUAUGUCGAAACUCACAGCAAGCGAUUUCCGAUUUUUGGUUGAAUGGUCUCCCGAAGAAGUCGCUGCUUUCGAACAAAGCAUCCAGGAACGCGGUCACGAUCUCCAUUCAGUGAAGCCAAGAGUUCCUACCAAAACCAUGGCCGAUAUUGUUCGUUAUUUUUACAUCUGGAAAAAGACGGAUCGCUAUGAGCCCGUAUAUUCAGAAUGGACGCGCAUUUACCGACCUACGAAAAAGUUCAAAAAGCAUGCAAAUGUGGCGAAGGAAUCGCCGGAGGAGGAUUCGGACUCUGACGUCGAUAGUGAGGAGGAAUCCGAUCCCACGAUUGUUCCGCCAAGCACGUACAACAAACGAAGCUAUCAAUGCGCCAAUUGCAUGGUCACUGAAUCGCCACUGUGGAGACGCCCGCCCUCGGAUACGGACAGAAAACGCAAAGUGUUUCGCACUGUGCUAUGUAACGAAUGCGGUAUUUAUUGGUUAAAGUAUGGUAAAAUGAAACCCGUAUCAGAGGCGGCGAUGGCUGCGCGCAGCAAAGGUCGGCAAUCGAAAACGACGGCAGAUGAAGAGCCGGUAGAAACAUGUGAAGCCAGCGAAGGCAGUACGCUUGUACGGAUAAGCAUGAAACGAAAAAAAUUGGCAGAUGCACCAAACGCCAAAUCUGUCUCGAAAAAGCUCAAAGAUGAGAAACGAAACAACGUGUUGCAUUUUGCUUCCAGUCCGUGCGCUGUAUGCAGACAGGAAACUCCGCAUGAAAAAGUGUUCGUUUGCUAUGACUGUGGCAUGUCUGUGCAUGAUGAUUGUUAUGGCAUUACUACCUCCAACAAAGAAGGUUGGAUCUGUGACGUUUGCCACAAUAAGAAGGCGCCUUCUGCAUCUUAUCAAUAUGAAUGUGUGCUGUGUUAUGAAUCCUCCAAAUUGCCGCAUCAAGCGCUGAAGACGACAUCAGGUUAUAACUGGGCGCACGUCACUUGUUCAGCAUUUAUCCCGGAGGUGAAAUACGUGCAUAGUGCUACUUUACAACCGAUUGAAUAUAUUGGCGCCAUUGCGAAAUCCCGAUGGCUUGAGCAAUGCCGUUUGUGUAAUGAGUCAAGGGGAGCAUGCGUUAUAUGCGCGGAUUGCGAAAAACCAGUACACGUAGAGUGCGCGAUCCAACACCAGUUCAAGGUUGCGUUUGAGAUACAACCUAUUGGCACAGAUGAUAGUGCCAUCACGAUUCCUAGCGGUUUAUUUGCAAAUGAUUCUCCGGCAGGCAUCAUGGUACCUGAAGUAUGGUGCCCGGAGCACGAUAUUUCUCAUCGACACAUUGUCGAGCUUAAUGCACGCACGACGGACACGGGCGAGUCUUCUAUUCGAGCUUAUGCAAAACGCUAUAAAGGCAUUGAAUCAGGAACCACCCCUGCUAUGCGACGUUAUCGCGCUAUUCAGCAACCAGCGCACCCUCAAGGCUGCCGUGACGCCGCUCUAUACCAAACAGAUCAUACUUCUGUACAUUCAGCAAACGAGGAUUCCAUUCGUAUUCCGUCUGCUCGACAAAGCGCGUUGGAUGCAAUGCCAAGUCAUUCUGCUGCUCCUACUCCUACCACCAAUAUUACGACGAAAGCCGCUCCGUCAUCACGGAGUAGUACCUCUUCAUCACCCAUCUCCACCUUUUCCACGUCGAGUAGCGACAGCACCAACUUUGUAUGCACCGAGUGCCCUGUUACAGCAUCACCUAUCUGGUGGAAUGCGGAUGAUCACAGUAAGGUGUCCGGCAAGAAGCUAUGCCACCGUUGUUGGUGGCGUCGUCAUCAUCCCGAGCAACCAGCGCAACAUUUCUGA